AUAAUUAUAUGAAUGUAUGACUGAAUUGAAUGUCUUUGUCCGAUAGGGCGCAUCAUUUAAGAUUCCAACCCUCGAGAGACGUUCUCUUGACUUAUAUAACUUACACCGAAUUGUCGGAGAAGAGGGAGGUUUUGAGAUUUGCACCCGAGAUAGGAAGUGGUCACGGGUUGCCGCACGUAUGGGUUACGGAAAUAACGCCUCCAAUAGGGGAACCAUAGCCUCACUCCUACGGCAACAUUACGAACGAAUACUCUUUCCAUACGAUGUGUUUCAAAGUGGAGCCACUAUUGGACCCGAUAUUGAUGAGAAAAGUGUUACCAUUUCAUCAGAUGAUGACUGCGAAGACAAGAAAGCGUUGAAGUCAUGCAAUGAUAGCAAAGAGUUGGCUACCCCUGAGAAGCGUGUCUUAAGACGACAAUCCAUUUCCCCAUCAAAUCAGAAUCCACUCCUAAUUUCCCCCAACUCCCAGAAUAAGGAACUAAAGAAACUUCAGGUAUACGGUGCCGGACCUAAAAUGCCUGGAUAUGUGUCCGAACAGACUGAACGAGAGCGAGAACAAGCGGUUAAGGUUUGUCUCCAUUGCGGUGAAACUAAUCCCACGCCAAUGCUGUUAACGUGUGACAACUGUACCAACACUUAUCACACCCAUUGUCUCAUCCCUCCACUCAAUGAUUGGCCCAAAGGUGUAUGGCACUGUCACCGAUGUCUGGCUCUGUUAGUCCAGUCCUAUCCCCAGCCCUACACUCAAGAGUUUGGUUUCGUUCAGUCGCAGAAGAGCUACACUUUAAGUGAAUUCGGAGAAAUGGCCGAUCAGUUCAAAGCGGAUUACUUCAAUCGUCCGCCACAUUCGGUUACGCAUUCUAUGGCGGAGAAGGAGUUCUGGCGUUUAGUGUCAGCCUUAGAAGAGUCGGUGACCGUUGAAUACGGAGCAGAUCUGCAUACAAAUGAUUACGGAAGUGGUUUUCCCACCAAAUUGACUAAAAAUCUCAUGCCUUCAGAUAUGACACACACUAUGAGCACCACUUCCUCCACUCCGACCACCACUUCGGUGAACGCAGACCUCAUCGCCAACACGACUGCCAUCGACGCCAACGCUUCCAACACUUCCUCGUCAGCCACUCCUCAGCCAACCCACAGACCCAACACCUCCUCCAACACCUCCUCCAGUGCUGACUUCGAGUUCAUCCCUCCGCCCGAAUGUCCCGUCUUUUACCCCACG